GACGCUGAGCGUAGGACAACUAUUCGCUCUCUGCCGCCAGUGCUGCAUCUGCAGAUCAUGCGGUUUGUCUACGACCCGAUCAUCGGCGAGAAGCGCAAAGUGUUCACCAAAUUGGACUUCCCGGAUGUCCUGGAUAUGUCCAGUCUCAUCCCUGAACUAGACAAAGGUAGGCUCAGGCAUGGGCAGGGAUAUUGGAUUGGGGUGCUUUGUAUAAAGGGUUUAGUGUGA